ACUGCACGUGCCGUGUCCGGACCAGCAUCCGCAGGGGUGGGAGCGUUAGUGAAUAGAGCUCAGGUAACAGAAUAAUGAGACGAAGAACACAGACUUUGGCUCUGGAUGAGGGCCCUUGUGCUCGUUGAUCGUUUAGCCUCUGCUCCCUUUCUGCUCCUGCUUCUGCGUCUGCGUCUUCUGACUUUUCUUCUGCUGCCUCUGCUGUUUCUGCUGCCUAUUUUACUGGUUCUUCUGCUCUUGCUCCAUCUGCUGUUAUGCCUCUCAUCAACACCUCUGUCUCUCCUGCCUGCUCUCCUUCCAUUCACACCUCCAUCUCCACCUCCCCUGCUGUUUUCCUUUUUCCAUCUGUUUUCUUCUGAGUUUGUUUGCUAUUUUGGUCUUCUACCAUUUGCCAUUUAUACAAUUUUUCCUAGGUAUCAUUUAUCUCAAAUAGCUAUCAAAUAGCACAAAAAUAGCAUUAAACAAGAUAAUAAAAAAAAUUCCUAAAUAAUGUCCAUGACCAUCGGCGCUGCUUCAAGUUUUAUCUCUAGUCUAGAUGAUAAUCUUCCUGCUCAGUCCUCCCAGGGCGUUAUUGAAAUUGGCUAUAUAAUCACUUCUGCUCCUUACAAUGACAAUGAAAUAAACCCCAAACUAAUAGAAAUCGCUAAUAUAAUCAACUAUAAUGAAUCGAAUCACAUCUUUAUUGAACUGCUAAGUCUGAGGUUAUUCAAUUUAAUGGAUAAAAUCAUAAUUCCCGCCUUGAAUUACUCUACUCUUCUACCUCCUCCUUCUCCUUCAACUGAUUCAGAUACCCAAUCCAUUGCAACGAAUCUUUUCAAUUCCGAUGAAGAAAAAAACACUUCCAUUAUUUUAGCCGCUGACAUCAUUCAAAGCGUUUACCAAAUGAUUCAAAAUGGUUUAUAUGUCAUUCCCGAUAUAACUGCUGGCGUUUUAAGCGUUUUGUUGGAUGUUUUAAAAAACCAGUCAAAGACGAAAUCGACUAAAUUUGCCUUUAAAUCCUCAAUUCAGAUCGCGCUAUUAAACGCCUUUGAAAUGGUUAUUUUACAAUCGGACAUUGAUGAAGACUUACUAUCCUGGUUAACUGGUGAAUUGCUAACUACAACGUCUAAAAAUCAAAUUCUCAUCAGAGCACUACUAUGCUCCUCUGUAGAACUAUUACUAGACAGAAUCAUCGUUGAGGGCUUGCCAACCGGUCAAUUUUUAAACCCAAAUAAUAUUUACAACAAUUUAAAUGAUAUCACAAUGACAAUUAUAUCUCAAGAAUCUUUUAAAACCUCAAAUAUAUCUAACGACUAUCACAAAUAUCAAAACAACCUUUUAAACGCAAUGGCAAAAUGCGUCAACGCUUCAACUAAACCAAUCAAGGACAUACAAUUAAAUACACUUGUUUUAAAACAAAAGUUUCAAAAAGUUUUAUCAAUAUAUCAAAAUAAUAAUAACAAUAAUAAUAACAAUAAUAAUAACAAUAAUAAUAGCAACCAAUUUAAUAAUAACAUUUCCUAUAAUUCCGUUUUUCAAAAUCAAAAUAAACAUUUAAAUCAAAAUAGAAAUUUAAAUUUAAAUCAAAAUUUUAAUCAAAAUUUACAUCAAAACAUGCUAAUCCCUCUAACCCCAACCAGUUCAAAUUUCCCUAAAUUUUCUGAAAUUAGCGUUAUAACUGAUAAUAUUACCUCAACUAAUUCUGCAAUGUCAAAAUCAGAAACUCUUAUGACUAACCCUACUUCAACUACAACAACAAAUACAAAUACAAACACAAACACAAACAUUAUCCCAAUUGAAAACUAUUUUGAAAGCGACUUUAAUUUCGAUCUCAAUCAUACAAUUAACUCAAAUAACAAUACUGUAAAUGUAAACAUCCUCAAUCAAAAUAAUCAAAAUAGUAACAUUGAUGAAAUUAAUCAUGAAGCAAUCUCUUCUUCUUGCUAUAAAUACUAUCUACAUAAAAAAUCAAACCUGAAUUCAAUUCCAAAUUGGUAUAAUGAUCUGUUUCAAAUUAAAAAAGAUUACCCAAUACAAAACAACAACAACAACAUCGUCACCAACUUCUCUGAAAAUCAAAACAACAAAAUAAUCCAAAAUCAAAAACCUUCAACCAUCAAAACUUCUCUAAGUGAAAUUACUCCAAGACAGAUCUCCAAGUUCAACCAAAUUAAUCUACUUCUGUCUCUAGAUAAGAGUCAAAAUAAAGAAAAUAUAGAGCAAAAAACUUCUCAUUUAGGAAAUUUGGAAAUCAAUGAAAUUAACAAUAACUCGUUGAUAAACCAAACGAAUCUAACCAUUUCUAAAAAUAAACUGCAACCAUUGAAUUAUAAGAAUAAUAAAAUUGCAAAUAAAACCACUUCUACUGACUCUAAAAAAAAGAAGAAAAAGAAAAAGAAAACAUUGUCUAAAUUUGGAUUUUUAUUUUGUUUCCUGUCUAAAAAAUCAAAAUUAAAAACAUCGGCCAAACUGGUUAACACAUCUGUAAAAACACUGAAGGCAAUAAAAAAUGAUACUCUUUCUAAUGAUUCUACAAAAAAAAUGUCAUAUAAAAUGUCAACAGAAACAAAUGAUAAAGACAAGUUAAUUACUAUGAAAUCUUUGACAUCAAGUUCUAAUAAUCCAAGUAUUCAAAAAUCCAAACCAACCUUUACGCUGGAACCAUUAUCUAAAUCCAAUAUAAACUCCAUUGCUUCUACUGGCUCGACUUCCUUGAACAAAAAACCAUCUAUCAUAAAUUCUCAAUUGAUUAAUCAAAUAAAUGAAAAAAAGAGAAAAAGGAAAAGUUGGUGGAAGAAACGGCUUAGUACUGGAAAGAACUCAAAUAUAAUUGAAAUUCUGAGCAUGACAAUUAAAAACUCUGAAGUUUUGAAAAAUAAAGAUGCCAAUAGAAUAUCAAAUAAUGAUGAUAUUAUCAAGAAAAGUGGCAAGACAAAAUUAGGUCUCAAUGAAAAUGAUAAGAAUGUUAUUUCAAAACAAGAUAUUAAUUUUAAUGCAAAAGAUAAAGAAAAAGAGAAAGAAACAGAGAAAGAAACAGAAAUAGAACUAAAGAGAGAAACCAGAAAACAAAAUCCUAAAAUAUCUUUGAUUUGUGCGCCUUCAUUAGCAAAUCAACAAUCAAUUGGAAUUGAUGAAGUUAUCAAUGCAAAUAACUUGAGCGCCAAUUUUGAAAUGGAUGAGGAAACUGAAAUGUAUAAGGGUCAAUCAAGCACUGAUCUUAUAGUGAGAAAUGGUUACGCAAAGAAAGCGCCAUCAGUAAGAACAUUCAGAAGCACUACUUCUGUGAAUACUACAAAAUCCGGAAGACUGAACAGAGAAAGAGCAGUCAAGCAAAAAACAAAGGCCAAGUAUUCCAGCAGUCAUAGAAGACAGCCAAGUGUAUCUAAUUUGAAAUAUGUUUAAGAUUGUAACUCUCAGAGGUUAUAAACAUUCAUAAUUAUAAGCUAUAUAAAUUUUGGGCAAUUAUAAUAUAGCGG